AUGGAUCAUUUAGCCAACACUCCUUAUCCUGUGAUAAACAACGGAGCAUCUUGCCAGUUUUUGAAACUGCUUUUUGAAAACUCCAAGAACGAGCUCACGAUAUCGGAUUAUGUAUCUGUUUUGUCCGCUGUCACUCCUAACUCCGUUCAACCGCUCAAAGCGAUUGCUCUGAAUCGCCACUUGACACCGGUCAUUUCCCGCAAAAUCCCAGAAGUUGUUGACUUCCUCAAAGACAGUAAGUCGGCUAAAAACUAGUAUGGGUACCAAAAACAAAAUUUAAUGACUUUUCAGAAAACAUGACAGAGUUCAAAUGGUUGCUCAACACGAAUAUUCCCGAAAUUGUUUUAUCUGUCUUCGAUCAGAUUCAAUUUAGAUCUUUUUUCUGCGGAAUGUCGAUUUGGACAACAGGCAUCAAUGUGAGCGACAGAGCUGAAAACAUUUUCACGCUUCGCCAGGACAGACUGAACCCGGACUUGGUCAUCCGCUGUUUUUCCGCAACAUGCGCGAAAAGAUCUCGUUACAUCUCCGUGAUCAUCAACAGUAAGUUGUGAGUCGCUAAUAUCAUUAAAUGAAAUGAUUUUUCCAGAAGGAGACAGCAAUGUCGAAAAUAUGGUUCCGCAGAUCAUUGGACUCGGAGACGAGCUUCGCAUCAAACUCGUUCACACGGAGGAGUCCCAAACCCAACUCACUUUGCGUUUCGAGAAGGUUUUCUAA